CGCGAGCGCUGCUUGCCCUCUGCCUGGCUUCACCUGCCCGUACGCGUACUCUCUGCCGCCAACCACGCCUAGUUCCUACGCAAACAAAUCCCAGGGCUUGCACGCCGUCAUGAGCUCGCGGGACCAUGACUUAGUGCAGUCUGUCGCUGCAGACGAGCCAGCAAUCAUCCUCCCCGCCUCGCCGCCGCGCCGUGAUCCCGUCGAAGACGCAGACGCAAGCUUCACCCGCAAACGCCCCCGCCUAGACAGCGGCAGCAACAGUCUCCGCGCCAUGUCCACCGAUCCGCAGACGCCAGACAACGCGGCCGCGUUGCCCCACGAGAAGCAGGUAGAGAUGACCAUACGCUCGCACCCGCCCUCGUCCCCCGUGCAUGCUGGAGAUGAGGAUGAUAGCAAUACUAACGGCUUCCUCGAGGACACGCUUCCUGCCCAGGACGACCUGCCAAUAGUCAUAGCCAGCCCAGAGCAAGAAUCCGGAAGCCCGCCUAUCAUGCUCAUCGACGACGAUGACGACUCUCCAGCCUUCACCGUACAGCUGGAUGCAGAAGACCACUUCCGCCAGUUCCCAUUCGCACGCUCGGGCAACUACUCCCAGAUGGUUCGAGAGCUUACCCAUCAUGUCAACACAGCUACCAACGUCUACGCCAACCUAAUCCCCACCAUCUCGGAAUGGCUGGAAGGAAUCCCCGACCCUUCCGCAGAUCUACAAGGCUUCUAUGUGAACAAGGCCAUGUUCUGGGACGACUUCGCUAGCCUGGUGAAUAAAUUGCUACUUCGGAGGUACCAAUGGUUCACUGCUUUUGGUGCUGGGCAUAAUAAUAAUAAUGUGAGCAGAUUUCCAUUUGGCGACGAGUUCGAUGACAUCCAGGUAGACGCCAUGUUCUACCGCUUCCUAGCUGCCUAUGUGAGGGUGUGCUCCUACCUACUGCUGGCAGACGUCCAUCUCCUUUCCCGGCCGCGCCCCGAGGAAAUCUAUCCUUUGGCUCUUCUCAGCCACAAGCACCUCCGACAUCUCCACACCAUUCUUCGCGCCGAGAAGUCUCCGCUUUUCCACCUGUUACACAAAGAGUACGCCGCAGAUACCCGCGAGUUGAGCAUUCGUCUCCACAAGGAUUUCCUCGCCGCCAACGGUGCUCAGAAUCUUCUCCGGUUUUCUGAUGAAGCGUUUCAUCAAGUACCGAUAAACACGCAGAACUUUAUUGCGACAUACGUUUCACAGCUUCUCACUGUACUGGGAUGGUCGAUACAUGAGUUUCCAAGCGCGAGUAGCCACCAAAACCGCUCCGAGUACUAUCGCGGCACGCUGCUAUUCUUCCACAAAUACAGCGGUGAUCUUUACGAUCUCAGCAGAACAACAGAUGCUGGCAUUGCUCGAGAUCUCAUACUAUUCUUCUCCAACCUUCUGUCCGAUCUUUGUCUUUGGGACAAGGAUAUCGCCGCGGAGCUGGCCGAUACCUUCUUGGAUUUCAGGGACCCGGAAUCUCCGACCAUGUCUUCAUCCGCAAAAGAUGCAGCUAGCACUUCUCACGUUGAUUACCGCAGGGACCCUGUGUCCUUCCCCGCGUUGGUAUCGAACGCUUGGAAAUUCAAACUACUUCGCAAGUACGUUGUCAAGGGCAAAAUGGAUCUACGCGUCAUGAGCAUUGCUACCAUGGACGCCGCCUUGGUCGAAAUAUGGCGGGAGUAUAGUAGUAUCGACACAACCUGCAAACAUCCUGUCAUGCAGCACCUGGCAGACUUUCUUCUCCACGGACAGGUCGUGGAUUACAUCAUUAGUGUCGACUCCCACCCGCAGCUCAUAUCUCGCAGCGGGAACAUUGUUGGAUUCCUCGUCGUCACUCAUCGUUGGUCGGACAGCCAAGCUGACGCCAUCUGGAAAACCGUUUCUACCAACCCCGAUCCUCGAGUAGUCGCAGCAACGAUGACUAUGCUCCGAGGCAUUAUUAGCCUUAUGGCUUCUCCAGAUCAUCUGUAUCUCUGCAUGAAGCUGCACGAAUUGCCUAUUGAGAGAUAUACGCUAGACAUCUUGCGAUUUCUGCGAGACUUGACUGGAAAACUCAUAGAGAGGUCGCCGCCAGUUGAUUAUAGCACCGGGGAAUCUAAUGCCAGGCCCUGGAAUGUCUGUAUUCGUAUGAUACGCGAUACUGCGCCAAGCAGAGACGCAGACAAGAACAUAUUGGAUCUGCACAGCGAAGCCAACGAACAACUUCGCGUGCUGACCAACAUUGUUCCUCCGAAUGAGCGACAUGCUAUAUAUCGCGAAUGUACACGGCAUAUUGCGAACAGAACAAAAGAAGCUACCGGCAGUGUCAGAGUCAUCUUCAUGCUCGCGUCGCCGCCUCAUUCAGGCGAUGGAUUUUUCUUCCAGCAAAACAAGGACUUGGCGCGCCAAAUUCUCGACGAGAUACCUGCUUUCGUCAAAAUGGAGAGCAAAGUUGAGCCCUAUCCUUAUCAGAUGCUAGUUCUGCAGUACCGGGUGGAGCUUCUUGCACUCAUGAUCAGCCGGGCUGGACCCGCUAUACCAACCGAUCUUUACCAAGAUCUCUGGGAUUAUGUCAUUGGCAAGUACGCGUUGUCAAAUGAUGCUCGCAAUAUGGCCUGGUUGCAGCUCUCCCAGACACUCAAAGUCUCUUCCGACAAUACAUUCUGCGAGCAGCUUGUCUUUUCGUAUCUGUCCACUUUGGACCCGCAGUUCUACACCUCCGGCUUGUUCGAAUUUGUUGCCAACUACAACUUUCCCACCACUCGGCAGCUGAUCACCACAGAGCAAGGGGAAACCUCUGUGUUACAAAUUCCUGGUGCCGAUAUGCUAUGGUCCAUGGUCUUGUUUUCACCAAAAGGUACUAUUGAAGACCGCGCAGCUCGCCUCCUUGCUGCCCGCUAUGUACAGGUCAACGACACGGAAGGGGUAACUUUGCCAGAAGUCGAGGCCGCUCAUGUCGCCCUUGUGGAGAAAUGCAUGCAAGAAAUGCGGUCUGCAUCUAAGACUUUACGGACGAAGACACUAGAUCAGACAUCCCCAGCAAUGGACAUAACUUUGUCCGAUGAGACACAGCAAGAGAACGAGGUUCGCUUCGGGAGAGUACUGUUGUUUCAAAAGCUAUUGCUCGAAUACGUUCGGCAGAAACCAGAGUUGAACCGUAGCCGAAGAAUGGAUUCAAAGAUUGACGAAACGGAUGUCCCUUGUGGAGAUGCUAUCAAGAUCAAGUACCAAUGUGGCAACGACCGACAGGUUGUCACGAUGGCGUCCGACCAUACACUGGAGGACCUCUAUAGGAGGUUAUGCCAUGCCACUGGUUUCACUAAGAUUAAUCUUUUUGCCAAGGGUCAACGGCUGAAUAUCACCGAGAAGGCAGCCCAUAAGAUAUCAGAGACCGAUUUUGGGGGCCAGCUGCUCGUACAACGAGCCGAAGGGGCUGAAGUCACACGUCCGUUAUCCGGACCCGUUUCAGGCUCUUCGAUCUUUGAAACCACCCUUUUGACGUAUUUCGACGAGCUUUUCGCUUUGAUGGACUCGGAUGACACGAUUAGCCGACUAAUCUACGAAUUCUUGAGCUUCUUUCCCGCUCGUAACACUUUCGCAGAUAGUGUCAUCACCAAUGUUGCCUCGUCUGAGAGCCUGUUCCCACCUGGAAAGUUCUUUCAGGCAAGAUACUCGGCUCAAGCGCUUCAGUCACGGUUGAGGGAACAUAUACGCAGUUCAUCGUUGAAUGAGAAAUUUUUGGCCAACGCCAUCCGACGCUUAGAUGAGGCACUUCUCAACUCAAAGCUGAUUAGCGACCCAAUAUCCAGUUUCCAGGAACUCGAGCUGGCAGCUGUACUGAUAAAUGUCCUCCUGGAAUUUCUCAGAGCAGAGCGUCCUUCUCCAGACAUGUCAGCCGGUUACUUCUCCGAUGGGUCUCUCCUUGCGGAUCGCCUCGUGAAAAUAUUGUCGGUGGCACUUGGAACAAACGACGACGCUGCCGUCGUUCAAGACUCGUAUGCUGUUCUCCUGGAAGCGUCACUGCAUUCCCGAGCUGUGUGGGAGGCUUUCAUCAACAACUCGGAUUCGACACGCUUACACCAAAUUCUGCUUUUGACUGACCCAAGGCAACCUGUUCGAAUGCAUAUCGCAAUGAAAAUCGCCUCUGUCUGUGGAGGAGAUCUUCCGUCAACGUGUCCACUAACCAAAGGGGAAGUCGCUGCUCGCUUUUGGUCCACAAUAUGGGCAAUUCUUCCUGAGGCCGUACUUCAUCCUGAGCAGUCGCAACAAUUGCUCGAGAUUGCCGAGCACGUUUUUCGCGCCAAUGACGAAUACGAUCGCAACGAGAAUUCACUACGAUUAUCCUUGACACAAUGGAGCAACCUCCUUUUGAAACAUGAGCAUAUGGGAUUCGUAGGGCGCGAGGAGACUGACCAUGUCGUACUCGGCUUCACAAAGCUUCUUCUGUGUUGCAUAUUUUCCCUCAAGUCCUUCAAGAAGCCCGUGAAUGCUGGCACGCUGAUGGAGCGGAUUUUCAGGAAGUAUAUCUUUGUCCCAAGUCAAACAAUUGUCUCCCCAACGGAUACCGAGCCCGCCAGCCGCACUAUUCUCCCGGUACUAGAGAGCCACACAAGACAAGAACUGUAUAAUCUUAUGCUUGCAUUGGCCGAGGACCGCAACACCUAUAGUGCCCUACUCCAUUUAGCAGGGGGGGUAGAGAAUGAUGAGUACGAGCCAGUGCUAGCAACUAUUUCCGUGGAUCGCUCUAUGGAAGUUCGUUCGAGCACAGGCUAUGUCGGCCUAUACAAUCCACGUGCGAUAUGCUACAUGAAUUCGCUGCUGACCCAGCUUUUCAUGAAUCUGAACUUCCGAAAGUUCAUGCUUAGCUUGGAGGUGCAAGAGGCUAGUGGUGCCCAGAAACUUCUAUUCGAAACACAAAGGCUUUUCACGCAGAUGCAGCAUUCAUUCAGGAGAUCGACGGAUCCACGUAGUUUUGCAGCCUGCGUAAGGAAUCUCGAACAAGCGCCGAUUGACAUCAGUAUCCAAAUGGAUGCAGACGAAUUCUACAACUUGCUUUUCGAUCAAUGGGAGGCUCAGCUCGUCAAAGAGGAACACAAGCAACAGUUUCGCUCAUUCUACGGCGGGCAAACCCUCAACCAAAUCAAGUCGAAAGAAUGCGAGCAUGUGUCUGAGCGAGCGGAGCCUUUCUUCGCCGUGCAGUGCGACGUUCAGGGCAAAGCCAACCUCCACGAGAGUCUUCAAGCCUUUGUUCGCGGUGAUGUCAUGGAAGGCGACAAUAAGUACAAGUGCGAGUCAUGCGGCGGUAAAUUCGUCGAUGCUGUAAAGCGGACUUGUCUCAAAGAUGUGCCCGACAACCUGAUAUUUCACCUCAAGCGAUUCGAGUUUGACCUGAAUGAUUUCAGCCGAAGGAAGAUCUACGACCACUUCGAGUUUCCACCAUCUAUUGAUAUCAGCGUAUACCACGUCGACCACCUCAGUGAUCCAUCCAAGCCGCGCAAAGAAGACAUGUUCGACUUGGUUGGUGUCCUUGUACACACCGGCAACUGCGAGAACGGUCAUUACUAUUCUUAUAUUCGCGAGCGACCCUGCCCAGCUGAAGGCGCGACACCGACCUGGGUGGAAUUCGACGAUAGCAAUGUUGGCUCUUUUGAUCCCGCGGACAUUGCGCAGAAGGCCUUUGGUGGAACAAUGGAAGAGGUUUACGGUCGGACAAUGAAAAACUACUCUGCCUACAUGUUGUUCUACCAACGCAGGACUGCAGUAGAGGAGGAUCAGCGCCAGUGGGUCACUACCACGAGAGAACAAGCGCUAAAAGUUCCGGUGCCGCAGCCUCUUCGGAAAGAGGUAGACGUUAACAAUGAGCUCUUCAUUCGAGAGUACUGCCGAUUCGACUCCAGUCACUCGAGAUUCGUGCGUCAACUUCAUGCAACGUCCCGGACGAUCAAUCACGGGACUUGCUCGGAAGACCAUGAACAGGAGACUCGUGCCCUACACAUUGUCUUGUCGCAUCUAAGCCAAAUCGUCUGGCGUCAGCAAACACCUGACAUCUUCGCUGAAACCUUAUCACAACUCCGUCGAACCGUUCUAACAUGUUCGAUGUGCUGUAACGUCGUGUUAAAAGCACUCUCCGCAGACGAAUUCGCGCUACUCAACCUACUUCUACGGAACAUGCAUCCUAAGAUUAGGGCACAGACGCGCACUUUCAUCGUCGACUGUCUGAAGUUUUUCCGCGAACAAGAACCGGCUCUAUAUGGUAUAGAAGGCACAGACGGCGACAUGGAGUUAGACUCUACUGCUCCAAUGGAGGGAGUACUCGCAACUGUGGUCAAGCGAUUACGAGUUACCGCGGACGAAACAUACAUGAGCACUCGAGGUUGGGACGACUACUAUUUGACCCUUACUCAAGUGGUAGAGAUGGGUCACGUGGAAACAGCAGUCCUACUCAGUCACGGCAUACUAGAGUUCUGCUUGAAGCUGUUCUCUAUGCACAUGCACACGAGCUUCAGGGAUGAGCACUAUGACUUAUCGCGAAUUAUGGAAAAGAGAAAAGGCAUUACCAACAGACUGAUCGGCUUUUUAUCCGCGCUGCUCUUGCGUACGGAUAUACGCCUACCCGUCAUCUCAGCAAACCAGGCAGAAGAUCGCCAAGCCACGCUUGACCGCGAAAGGACGAGGUUUCCACUAACCCAACGCGAGAAGCAGAUCUUGCUCUUCUGGUCGGAUGAGCUCAAAGCCAUCGUCAUUCUAGACAAGAUAUUGGAGCUGUUCGACCAAACCAAGGUUGACUAUUUUUAUCCUGGCGACAUAGUCAAGUGGAUGCUCGAAUCGGAAGAGUCACAGAUACAAACGAACCUGACCAGAACUAUCGUCGAAGGCAUCAUGCUCGAUCCUUCCUACUGCGAUGCUUACAUCCGAGCUGGUCUAGCAUUCUGCCAAGCUUGUCCGAUUGUCGAAAACAUCACCAAAGUGAUUGCCGCAGUGUCCAAAGCUAUUUCGUCCACAAGCCGAGCAGAAGAAGAACGCGUACCCGGUGGUGAAGCUGUCCUCGACUUCUACGUCGGGCUCUUCAAGGCCGAGAACGAAGUCUUGUUCGAACACAAAGGUAACACUUUCGCCUUUCACCACUACCUCAUGAACAAGAGCCGAUUAUACGCAAUGCCACUACUCAUGCAUAACCUCGAGAGCGUCCGAAAAGGCACACACGUCCUCCUUCGCGAACUCUACGGCAAUCCCGCCGAAAUGCCCGAAGAAACCGUGGCACUCAAGUGGAAAACUAUGCGCGACCUCGUGGCCGAUAUGAAUAACCGCAUUGUCUACGAACAGGAUGCUGGCAUGUUGCGGAGUCACCUCAAUCCGCUUAUUGCGACAUGCCAAGCACUCGUGCAACUCUUAUGGUUCCUCAGUCAGAACGAGGACGAGGAGAUGCAGCAGUACAAGGAUCCGAACGAUACCGCUCUGGUUUAUCAAUACCAGACGGAAGUUGAACCUCGACUACGCAUGUGGCCAGUGGACGACGGAGCAGAGGGUAGUGAGGGUGGGGGCUUUGAUGGCCAGAGUGAUUAUGGUAGUGAGUCCGAUGAUGCGGACGCGCUGCUUGAUAUUCAAUGAGAGGCUCGUGUUGACAGAAUGCAAGCUAUAGGAUCAUCGCCUCCUGUUGCAAGUCCUGAGCCGCCUCUGUUCUCCAGCGCAGACGAUAGUCUUGAUCCAAAUAUCGCACUCUACCCAAAGGAC